GAAUUACUUUUUCAAAGAGGAAAAUAUUUUAAAUGAAAAAAAUUCAUAGAGACACAUGGUGGCGCUACAGGAUAAGACUAGAACAUGGCAUGGGCGACACUGUGAGCUCCAUCACCCAGGAGAACAGAGAACAUCCGAUCCACUGAAAAGAGAGGUAUUAAAGGAGCUUGGCCUGCAGAGCUGCUGGAGGACAAUAUACUCUCUGGCGGGUUCCUAUAAAAAAAAAAAAUCAGAGUUUCAGCUUGAAAAUUAGGACUGAACUUAAUUUUUUCCACAAAAGAGGUUGCCUGAAGGAAGCAUGGAGGUCAGAGGGGUGCUCGCUCUGCGGAGAAGGCAAGUACUAAUUUUCUUUGUUUUGCUGGGAAUGUCUCAGGCGAGUACUGAAUCUGCGCGCUAUUUUGUGGCAGAAGAAACAGAAAUUGGGUCUUUUGUGGCUAACCUGGCAGCGGACCUGGGGCUGGGAGUAGAGGAGCUGUCCUCACGGGAGGCUCGGGUAGUGUCUGAUGAUGGAAAACAUUUGCACCUUGAUUUACUAACGGGGGAUUUGCUCCUAAAUGAGAAACUGGACCGAGAACAGCUGUGCGGCUCCACCGAGCCCUGUGUGCUGCAUUUUCAGGUUGUAUUGGAAAACCCUUUACAGUUUUUUCGGGCUGAACUGCUUGUCAAAGAUAUAAAUGACCAUUCCCCUACAUUCCUAGACGAGGAAAUGCUUAUUAAAAUAUCAGAAAGUACCACGAUCGGAACUACUUUCCUAAUGGAGAGUGCUCAAGAUUUGGAUGUAGGAAGCAACAGUCUCCAAAACUACACGAUUAGCCUCAAUUCUCAUUUCUGUAUUAAAAUUCGAGACAGCAGUGAUGGAAAAAUAUACCCAGAACUCGUCUUGGAAAGAGCAUUAGAUCACGAGGAGCAUUCUGAGCUCAGGUUAACACUCACAGCCCUGGAUGGUGGAUCCCCACCUAGGUCUGGGACAACUUUAGUUCUCAUCAAGGUCUUAGACAUCAAUGAUAAUGCCCCAGAGUUUGCUCAGAGUUUCUAUGAGGUUCAGGUCCCAGAGGAUACACCCCUUGACUCCUGGAUUAUCACCAUCUCUGCUAAGGAUUUGGAUGGAGGAAAUUAUGGGAAAAUAUCUUACACAUUUUUCCACGCAUCGGAAGAUAUUCGUAAAACAUUUGAAAUCAGUCCAAUAUCUGGGGAAGUUAAUUUGAGAUCACAUCUGGAUUUUGAAGUAAUACAGUCCUACAGUAUAAAUAUUCAGGCAACAGAUGGUGGGGGUCUUUCAGAAAAAUGCAUCCUUCUAAUUAAAGUAAUAGAUAUAAACGACAACCCACCAGAAGUGACCAUGUCGUCAAUUACAAAGACAAUUCCAGAGAACGCCUCAGAGACCCUAGUCGCUCUCUUUAGUGUUCGAGACCAAGACUCUGGGGACAAUGGGAAGACUGUUUGCUCUAUUCGAGAUGAUCUCCCUUUUCUCCUGAAACCGACCUUCAAGAAUUUUUUCACUCUAGUUUCUGAAAAAGCACUGGAUAGAGAGAGCAGAGCCGAGUACAACAUCACCAUCACCGUCACCGACUUGGGGACGCCCAGGGGGGGCCGCUUUCCGGGCCACCUGAUGGACGUCAGCGGUACGGGGACUCUGUCCCAGAGCUACCAGUAUGAGGUUUGUCUGAUGGGAGGUACUGGGAUAAACGAGUUUAAAUUUCUGAAGCUUGUUAUCCCCAUUUUUCGAGUUCAUGACACUGGCAGGAAGAUGGGGAAAAUGAGAACUUUUGAAAUAGUGUCAGAUUCAGGAAUAAAAUGAUUUAUUUAAAACUUU